AACUAGUGCGCCGGUAGACGACAAUGAACCAUCCGAUGCGAUGCCGCCGGAAGUGACGGAAGAUGGCGAGGGACCCGGAGAGGAGGACGAAACCAAUCUGUUCUGGGCAAUUUGUAAACUGUACCAAAUCGAGGAUGGCAAGCCAACUCCGCACGGCGUAGGCACCAUCCGGCUCAAUCGUUUCCACAAAGGCCCCAGUGAAGGCCGCCACCGCAUACUCUACCGAGACCAAAGUGUGAUCAGAGAGCUGCGUCUGAACCUGUUCCUGUUCCCACUACUGUCGCCCAAGCUGCGGGGGCCCAAGGAUGUGGGCAUGUCCUUUUUACAGGACCAAAACGGGCAGAAGGCUUUACAGAACUACAUUGUCAAGUUCAGGGAUGGGGCGAGCGCGGAGAAGUUUGUGAAGCUCAUUGAGGAGAACCGUGGUAGUGACUAAGUAGAUAGACAUUCUUUUAUUGCCAGCUUAACAUGCUCCUCUCCUCUAAACCACGGCCUACGAGAAUACGUGCAACCGAGAGCAAACGUGCAACCGAGAGCAAACGUGC